GUGGCACAAGCAACAUAACUAUUGGUGACAAAGUAGUUUGCUGAAAACGUUUUUGAGUCUCAACUCUGAAGUGGAAAGAGAAUGGUGGGAUUGGAUGUGCCUCAGCCAUUUUUGUCACCGGUUUGCAAGGCCGCUCCUUACCCGCUUGAUCUCAUUGCCACCGCCGCGUGCCUCCACUUCGGCCACCUUCUCCGCCGCCGCGUCACCCACCAUCUCCGCCUAGGGGUUCUUCUUCACUCGUGUUUCAAGAAACUUGCUCCUUUAAAUCACGUGUUUAGAUUGAAGGAUAAAUGGUGGCAAAGAUGCCUUCAACUCGAAGGGUUGAAUUCUCUUCAACUUUCCAGUAAUGAUUUGACUUCCUCAUGUUCAACUAGUUUCUCUUUCUUUAACGGGGGAGGAAAUGGAACUCGCUUUGGAAACGCUGGGAUGUCUAACUCCAAGAUGUCUGGGAAAAAUCCAUAUAAUGGAAGGAAAUGGACAGAUAUUCUCCUUGCUGCCAAUGUUUUAUUUUAUAUUGCACAACUUGCAACUCAAGGCAAGCUAUUAUUGUGGGGAGCAAAGAUUAACAGUCUCAUUGACCAAGGACAACUUUGGAGACUUGCCACCUCUUCCUUUUUGCAUGCAAAUGUUGGACACCUUAUGGUAAAUUGUUAUUCCUUAAAUUCAGUUGGUCCUACUGUGGAGAGCUUCAGUGGUCCACGAAGAUUUCUUGCAGUUUACUUUGUCUCUGCAAUUGCAAGUUCCGCUAUGAGUUAUUGGUUCUGCAGAAUGCCGGCAGUAGGUGCAUCAGGAGCAAUUUUUGGACUAGUUGGAUCAGUUGCUGUGUUUGUCUUAAGGCACAAAGACAUUGUAGGAGGGGGUAAAGAAGAUUUGCAGCACAUAGCACGUGUAAUUGCCCUCAAUAUGGUUAUUGGGCUUUUGUCCAAUGGGAUUGACAAUUGGGGACAUUUAGGAGGCUUGGGUGGUGGAGUUGCUGCGUCAUGGCUUAUUGGACCGGCAUGGAAACAUGAAUCAACAUCAAGGGAUGGAAGAAGACUUUUCACUGACACUGCACCAAUGUACAAACUCUUGAAGAUUAAAAGGGUACCUAAGCAAUGGAAAUAGAAAUAUUUCAUUGGGUAUGGAUGGAACCCAUAAUUAAACAACAAACCAUUAUUCGUGUUUAUUUGUAAAAAAUGAUUCACUGCUGUUAAUUUGUCUUUUAAAAUAUUUAGAUCAUAGGAGUAUUUUGGAAUACCUUAAGAUGGUGGGUUGUGCUACUGGUACCUGACAUCUUUAAAUUUUUUUGUAUACUUUUGUUUUGCAUCACAGAAGGGAUGGUUCUGUUAGUAUUAACUUCCACACUGGGAUAUUGUAUUUAUAAUAUAAUAAUUGUGUUUGUUGUCU